AUGGAUGAAAAUAGAAAAGGCGGUGUAUUAAAUUACAUUAGAUGCUUAUCUACAAAUUUAUAUUCAACAGUAUCUCCUUGGAUUAGAUUAAGAAGUUUAAUACCUAGAACGGAAUGCUGUGGAAUAGUAGGAGCAUCAGGAUUUGAUGAUGUUCAGGUUUAUCUAUAUCAAGGUAUUGAAUACUUGCAACAUCGAGGAUACGAUUCUUGCGGUAUUGCAACUAGAAAAGAUGAUGGUUCAUUGGUAAUUACCAAAUGCUCAGGCAAUUCAUCAGUACCUAACAAACAAUCUAAUCCCAUUGAAUGUCUAUCUAGAUUAAAGGAUUUGGCAUCCAACAAUCACUUAAAAUCCAGAACUGGCAUUGGACAUACAAGAUGGGCAACCGUAGGUGGGUUGAACGAUAAAAAUGCUCAUCCGCAUAGUGAUUAUAAGAAUCGUAUUGCACUAGCCCACAAUGGUACAAUAUACAAUUCACAUUGGUUAUUUGAACAUUUAAAAUGUUCACCACUUUUUCCCAAAAUAAAGUUACCUGAAUCAGAUUCAGAAGCAGUGGCACAUCUAAUAGGAAUGGAAAUGGAUUCAGGGUUGGAAUUGGAAGAUGCCAUUAAUAGCACGAUAAAGAAGCUGGAUGGCACCUGGGCAUUUGUUAUAGCAUCAACCGCUUUACCUUAUCUCAUAGUUUCCAGAAAGGAGUCACCUUUGUUGAUUGGAAAAAGAAAUGAUGAUAACGGAGUAAUCGUUGCAUCGGAAGUAAUUGCUUUUGGAAGCGGAGUAGAUAAAUAUGUGCCGCUAAGUGAUAAUACUACAAUGAAAUUGGAUGAUGCAACUAUGGAUAAGCUGUUUUCAACUGGGCCAGUAUAUCAAAUAAACAAUCCAAAAUUUGAAACCUCACCAUCUCCAUACAAAUACUGGAUUGAAAAAGAAAUUUAUGAGCAACCAAAAAGGCUACAAGACUUAUUUAACAAUCAAAAUUUUAAUUCUAUUCUGCAAAGUAUUAGUAAUGAGCCUGGGAUUGGAAAAUUCGAUUUUAUAUUCGCUGGUUGUGGAUCAUCACUCCAUUCUGCCCAUUUUAUUGCUUAUAUUAUGAAAUUAUUAAUACAUAAAUCAGCUAAAAAUACAUUCAAAGUGUAUGUUGUUGAUACCAGUGAGAUGACUAAGGAGUCUGCUAUGGAAUUUUAUGGCAGUCCUAAAUUUAUCAUAUACUUAUCUCAGUCUGGAGAGACAUUGGAUACUAUACAUUCAUUUAAUUUAUUAAAGACAAUUUCACCAAAAUCAAUAACCAUAUCAAUAGUAAACGAUUGUAAUAGUUAUUUGGCUCAAAUAACAAAUUACCCAUUAUGCUUAAAUGCUGGAAGAGAAAUGUCAGUUGCAUCCACAAAAACAUUUACCAGUCAAUCUUUUGCAGGCCUAAAACUUAUCCAAUCAAUUGUUUCUCAAUUAUCUAUGCCUGAUAGCCAAAAAAUAACAUCAGCGCUCGAAUCCUCACUAUCACUACUACCGACUAGUAUCACUUCAGUAUGUAAUCAAGUAGAAAAGAUUCAAAAACUAGCCAAACAAAUAACAACUAUCUGUGAAACUUGCAAUUCAUUGUUUAUUUUGGGUAGAGGAGCUUACUUUGUUAUAGCAAAGGAAGGCGCUCUGAAGUUGAAGGAAGUGCCAUACUUACAUGCAGAAGCUGUACAAUCUGGUUUAAUGAAACAUGGGACUUUGGCUAUGAUAAACAGUAAAGAUAAAACACCAACGAUAUCACUAAUAUUUGAAGAAGAUUAUUCUGUACCUAUAUGUGCUGCUGAGCAGUUGAAGGCCAGAGGGUCGUAUGUUGUUUGUGUUACAGAUAAGAAGGAAUUGGUUGAGGAUUUUGCAGAUGAAUUUAUUGUAAUUAAAGACAUAGGAUAUGCAACACCAUUAUCAGCAGUGGUUGUUUUCCAAUUACUAGCAUACUUUUGCGCAAUGGAAAGGGGGAUUGAUCCUGAUUAUCCUCGGGGCUUAGCCAAAACUGUGACUGUAUUAUAG